AUGUCGUACAUCGCUCAGAUCUUCGACCCCUUGGGCCUGCUAGGUCCAGUUAUCGCGAAGGCAAAGCUUUUCAUGCAGCGUCUGUGGGCGCUGAAGCAGGACAGUGUCUCCUGUGAGUGGGAUUCUCCGCUGCCCGACAAACUUCAGCAGGAGUGGAAGCUGUUCCACACUACGCUAUCCAUCCUCUCCGAAGUUCGAGUUCCUCGUCUGGUUAUUUCUCCCGACAGUGACAGUAUUCAGCUCCAUUUUUUCGCCGAUGCAUCCUCCGUUGCGUAUGGAGCCUGUUGUUUUGUUCGCACGGAGUCGACGAACGGCAUUCAAGUUCGCCUUCUGACGUCGAAGUCAAAGGUUGCUCCGCUGUCUACACACCACACUAUCGCCAGGCUAGAACUUUGUGCCGCACUUUUGGCAACGCAGCUCUGCAAGAAGGUCGAAGCAUCUCUGAAGAUCACCCCUCCCGCCUAUUUCUGGUCAGAUUCCAGUACCGUGCUGCAGUGGCUGCGCGCUUCUCCAACUCGCUGGAAGACAUUCGUCGCGAAUCGGGUGUCUAAAAUCCAGAACACCACGUGCAUCGAUCACUGGAGGCACAUCGCUGGCUCCGAGAAUCCUGCAGACGACAUUUCUCGCGGACUCAACCCAGCAGACAUCCACAACUCGUCUCGCUGGUGGCAAGGGCCAUCCUGGCUCACCCUGGCGCCGGACUGCUGGCCCAAGACCAUCAUCGAUGAAGCAAACUCUCCCGCAGCGUCCGAGGAAGGACGCAAACUUCCAGUCGUGGCGAUGACAGCCGCGCAAACUACUUUCUGUGGAGAUUUGUUCUCCCGUUAUUCCCGCUACGAUAAGCUACGCCGAGUAGUAGCAGUCUGCAGUCGCUAUCUGCACUGCUUGAAGGAGCGCGCACAGCUGCGCCGUUCCGGGUCGCACACCGCUACGCUAAGCGUUGGCAACCGACCGAAACCUCCACCUAUUCCACCUCUCACCACCGCCGAGCUCCAACACACUGAACACCUUCUCUGCCGCUUGGCACAGCACGAAACAUUCGCCGAGGAGUUCUCGGAUCUAGCAAACGGUGAUCGUGUCGCCAAGUCAUCAGCACUCAAGUGGCUGAAGCCCUUCAUCGACGAAGACGGUACCCUCCGCGUUGGUGGUCGCCUGCGCAACGCCGCACUAUCCAUCGCAAACAAACACCCGAUCGUUCUGUCCGCCAAACAUCCGCUGUCUGCUCUGCUGGCUAGCAGUUUACACGUAAGUCUACUGCACGCAGGUCCACAACUCCUGCUAGCCACUCUGCGCCAGAAGUUCUGGAUCCUUGGCGGCAGAAAUCUUGUAAAGUCCGUCUUCCACCAAUGCCACACUUGUUUCCGGUCCAAGCCCACUCUAGUCCAGCAGAGCACAGCCGAUCUGCCGGUCUCGCGAGUUUCACCGACGCGUCCGUUUUCCGUGUGCGGGGUGGACUACUGUGGACCGUUCUACGUGAAGUCAGCAGUUCGAAACCGUGGUCCUACCAAAGUCUACGUGGCCAUUUUUGUCUGCUUUUCGACCAAGGCAGUCCACAUCGAGCUAGUGAGCGACUUGUCAACUCCUGCGUUCCUAGCUGCACUCCGUCGUCUCGUCGCCCGCCGUGGAAGGAUAGUCGAACUCCAUUCCGACAACGCCACCACCUUCAAGGGUGCGUCGCAUGCACUCAACAGAGUCUACCGCAUGCUGAAGGUAGAAGCCGCUGAUCGUCAGCAAAUUUUCGACUGGUGCUCUGGGAACGAAAUCACCUGGAAAUUCACACCAACUAGAGCGCCACACUUUGGCGGCCUCUGGGAGGCCGCGGUCAAGUCGGCGAAAACCCACCUGCUGAAGGUCAUCGGCAACAUCAACAUCGCCUACGAGGAUCUGUUAACCUUGUUGGCCCAAGUCGAGAUGUGCCUCAAUUCUCGCCCUCUGACGCCGAUACCAGAGGACCCCGGCGAUCUAGACGUCCUAACGCCAGGACACUUCCUCGUCGGAAGUAAUAUGCAAGCGGUUCCCGAAUCAAACUGGAAGGAGACCGCCGACAACGGUCUGGACCACUGGGAGUUAACCCAGAAACAUCUGCAGCAGAUCUGGUCCCGCUGGUACCCAGAGUACCUGCAACAGCUGCAAUCUCGCGCAACGAAAGGUUGCAACCCGCCUGUCACCAUCGAGGUCGGCGCUAUCGUCAUCAUCAAGGAGGACAACGUUCCGCCAGCAAACUGGCCGCUGGGGAAAAUCGUCCGGCUCCACCCCGGAAAGGACGGUGUCGUUCGUGUGGUGACCCUAAGGACAGCAACGGCCAACGAAGGUGCGACCCGUCGCACGAAUCGCUCUGCUUCCGUCUUCAAGAGCAACAUAAAUAACAGAAACCAGGUAGAGCAACCCCUAGUGGGAGAACUUGCUCGAUGCGCACCUGUGUUUCUGGAAAGGUAA